AUGGCCGCCCCCACAUCGACGGCGGACUCGUCUGCAUCAACUUCUCCCGUCUCCCUCUCACGUACUGGGACUGCUAUCUUUCCCACAUCCUCAUCUGCUUCAACGGCACGUCCGCAUCGAACACAUACACCCACAAACAUUAGACCUACUCGAACACGACAACCAAGUAUUCCCUCGCGCGUAGGGACCCACAUUAGCAUUCCCCGCGGCCGGCCUACUGCGGACAGCGGCAGCUCGAGCCCGUUUCCUCACGAAUCGGGUGAAUUCAGGAGCCACGGGCGGAAACAGAAACCCGUCGCCAUCUUUUUUGAAGUCCUGGGAGGGAUCGCAAUCCUCGCCUUGCUCCUCAGCCUUCUUCGAUGUCUCUACAGCUAUAAACGCACACCCCGGCCAGAUCGGGUUGUUGAUAUUGUGGAAAGGCAUCGACUGCAAAGGGAGAUGGAGGAAUUACGGCACAACCAGGCCCAGAGAGUCAAUCGUAGGCCUGCAUCGCUGAUGGAACCUCCACCUCCACCAUACUUCCCUCGACCGCCAUCCUACGAAGAAGUUGGCAAUCGCCGCGCCCUUCUCAACCAUACGCACGCAAGCUCUGAUUCGAUGUCAAGCACCUCGUCUCACUCAAGCUCUGACUCUAUAUCAUCAGUUUACAUAUCGCAGGCGCGUCCACGCCCUCUGCACGGCGACGGCUAA